AUGACUGACCCAGCGUUGUUGACUAUCUCCAUGUUUUCUCGAGAAGCCAACGUGUCAGAUCUGUGGACUCUUGAUGUCCUGGGAAUCACAGACCCAGUUGAACAGAAAACCAAGGAAAUAAAUCAACGAGAAGUUCUUGACAAAUUCCUCCAAACUACGAUUGUCAACGAAGAAGGACGGUAUGAGACACUGCUGCCCUGGAAGGAGACACAUCCACCCUUGACAGACAACCGAUACAUGGCCGAAAAGAGACUGACAAAGGUAUUGAAUGGGUUGGAGUCCAAAGAUCUUCUCUCAGACUAUCAGGAAGUUUUUGACAACUGGUUGGAAGAAGGAAUAAUUGAGAAAGUCCCUAAUCAUGAGCUAGCAAAGGACGGCUAUUACCUUCCUCAUCGACCUGUCAUAAAAGAGAAUAGCACCACGAGAAUUCGUCCAGUUUUCGAUGCAUCAGCGAAAACUAAACUUGGACCUUCGUUGAAUGAUUGUCUAGGGACAGGGCCAAAUCUAAUUGAACUCAUUCCUCACUUGCUAAUGAGAUUUCGAGAAAGAAGAAUAGGGGUGAUUGCUGCUAUUCGCAAGGCAUUUCUUCAGAUCAGCAUCAAGGCUGAAGAUCGAGACAACUUGAGGUUCUUGUGGAAAGAAUCCCCAGAGCAGAGUGAGUACCAGGUGUUCCGUCAUCGAAGAGUAGUGUUUGGUAUCUCCAGUAGCCUAUUCGUACUAGGGGCCACCCUAGACCUACACCUGGACACAGGAAUUGUCAAUCAAGAUAGCGAGAGAGAUGGGGAGCUUCUCCGCCAGUUGAAGCAAUCCUUCUACGUAGACAAUUGCAUAACCAGCGUGGACUCCCUACAGUGUGCAGAGAAAUUCCAAGAAGUGGCUACCAGGACCCUCAAAGCAGGUGGCUUUGACUUUGUGACUUUGAGUCGGUAA